AGAUCCGCCACUGUUUCUGCCAACAUGAAAGUUUAGAUUUUUGGGAGGUUUGGUUGCUUUAGUUGGUUUCUGAACUCCCAGACACGCAGACGGUUCUUUGACUUCGAGAUACGUUCAUUCUCUAUAUAUUUUUGAAUUAAGUCAGGGUGGUUUUAAGUGCAUAACUGAAUCUUAAGUGUAUCAUUACUAAUUAGAUGAAAUGCAAUCAACUAAUAAGAAAUAUCUUCCGGAAAAUCCCCGGAAAUAUAACAAUUUUAUUGCAACGGCCUUUUUCUGGUACACUAUACCCACUUUUAUGAAAGGACGAAAGGAUACAUUAGGUGCAAAUGAUUUAUACAAGGUCCUAAAAGAGCACAAGUCUGAUUCCUUGGGAAACCAAUUAGGUAUCCUAUGGGACCAAGAUAUGAAAACUUCUAAGGGUAAGCCCAGCCUUAUAAGGGUUCUUCUGCGAAAGCAUGGCUGGUACUUCGGGCUUCUCGGGCUCGUGUUGGUUUUCUUGGAGAUUGUGCUCCGAGGACUGAAUCCGCUUCUUCUGCGAGGCCUUAUAAAUCAAUACAACCAAGAUACGGGUUCUGAAACGAAUGGAAGUGUUUACGCAGGCACACUAAUCCUGUCCAGCAUUUUAGGAUCGAUCAUUAUGCAUCCAUACCUGCUCGCAAUGUCACAUCUGGGUUUCAAGAUUCGCGUGGGCUUGAGCAGUUUGGUUUAUCGAAAGGCUCUGCGGCUAAGCAAAGCAUCGUUAAGUCACACCACGUCAGGACAUGUGGUUAAUCUGAUAUCCAACGAUUUGGGACAAUUUGACAGCAUAGCUUAUCGUGGUCACUACCUGUGGGUGGGACCUUUGCAAACGAUUCUAAUAACUUAUGUGAUGUACCAUGAGAUUGGAUUCCCUGCCGUACUUGGAGUCGCUUUUAUGCUGCUCUUCAUCCCAUUAAAUCUAUACGUAGGAAAAGUAUCGGCACGGCUGAGGGUAAAGUCGGUCCAGUGCACCGACGAUCGAGUGCGUUUGAUGAGCGAGAUCAUCACGGGCAUCCAGGCGAUUAAAAUGUACGCCUGGGAGCUUCCGUUUGAGCGAAUUGUGUCCUACAUCCGGAAAAAGGAAAUAAAUGUCAACCGAAGUAGGAAUUUCAUUUCAGGGAUUAUUUACUCCUUGUCGGUCUUUGUCGCACCUGUCUCAACAUUUCUCAGCUUAGCGGGAUACGCUAUGUUGACCCAGAUGCUUAAAUCAGAAGUUGCCUUCUUAAUCCUCGCUUAUUACAACAUCCUGCAAAUGACGAUGUCUAUUUUCUUUGCCUUGGGCAUUACUGAGACGGCGGAUUUCUGGGUUUCCCUCAAACGAGUCCAAGCCUUCUUGCAAUUGGAAGAGAUGGAACAAAUAACUGCGGUGGAAGACCCAGAAGAGGAUAAGGUUGAAGGCGAGGAAACUUUACUACUUUCAUCCACUCCUCAUACUAAGCUCGUAUCUCGUCCUACGGAAGCAGAGCUUUACGUAUCUGGAUUAAAAGCCAAAUGGGACCCCAAAUCUCCAGAAUGCACUCUGAAUGAAUUAAGCUUACAGAUAAAAUCGGGAACCUUACUGGCGGUUGUUGGUCUCACAGGUUCGGGUAAGUCCAGUUUGCUCCAAGCUAUACUCGGGGAAUUGCCCGUCUUGUCGGGUGAAAUCAAGAAGAGAGGAUCCAUAUCGUAUGCUGCCCAGGAACCGUGGCUCUUCUCCGGAACUGUGCGCCAAAACAUCCUCUUUGGACAGCCCAUGGACCACCAAAGGUAUUGGAAAGUGGUGGAGCAUUGUUCUUUGAAGCGUGACUUCGACCUGCUUCCAUUUAAGGACAAAACUAUUGUGGGCGAUCGAGGAGCUUCCCUUUCGGGAGGGCAGAAGGCGAGGAUCAGUUUGGCCAGGGCCGUGUAUCGGGAGGCUUCCAUCUACCUCUUGGACGAUCCACUCAGUGCGGUAGAUACCCACGUAGCCCGCCACAUUUUCGAGAAGUGCAUCCGUGGAUAUCUGCGUGAUCGUAUCGUCAUCCUGGUCACACAUCAAUUGCAGUUUAUUCAGCAAUGCGAUGAGGUCAUGGUGUUGGACAAGGGCCAAGCGGUGGCUGCGGGGUCUUUUGAAUCGCUACGUGAUUCGGGAGUCGACUUUGCAAUACUCCUGAAACAAACAGAGAGCGAUGGAACGGAAAAGAAAUCGGAGGUGCCAGAGGGGCCUUCGCCAUUGGAGAUGCAAAGGAACCAGAGUGAGACGUCUUUAAAGUCGUUGGGGGAUCUCAAUUCGGAUGAAAAGAGCAAUAAGCAAGAAAAGGGACAGGAGAACCAAGCCUCUGGCAAGGUCGGACUGGACGUGUACCUAAAAUACAUGAGGGCUGGCGGAGGCGUGACUGCUUUUUCGCUGAUGCUUAUAGCCUGGGCCAUCUUCCAAGGACUUUCUUCGAUGACUGACUUAUUCCUGACCCACUGGGUCAAUCAGAACAAAGGCGAAAAUAACUUGAAGGCUUCUGAAGAAAACCCGUAUCCCAUGCUCCUUUGGCUGCAGGACAUGGGCUGGUCGCUGGAACCCAAAAAUUUUGAAAUCUUGGUGUAUUUCUUGAUAGUAGUACUAACCAAUGUGGCUUAUAUUAUGGCUAUUAUGAUGCUGUUUAAGUGCACUAUAGCGGCCUCUGUUAGGAUGCAUAAUUCCAUGUACAGAGGAAUUUCCCGAGCUUCCAUGUAUUUUUUCAACACAAAUCCUUCUGGCCAGAUUCUGAAUCGAUUUUCAAAGGACUUAGUACAGAUAGGGGAGGUCCUGCCGAAGGCCGUGCUCGAUCUGUUGGAGAGUUUCUUCGCCCUAAUGGGAGUGGCUACUAUAAUAGCCGUAGUAAAUCCUAUACUCCUCAUUCCGACCAUCGUCCUAGCCUUCCUCUUCUAUCAGCUGCGCGUUUUUUAUUUGAAAACCUCACGGGAUUUGAAACGGAUUGAGGCCAUAGCUCGAUCACCUGUCUACUCACAUGUCACGGCAUCCCUCUCCGGCUUGUCCACUAUUCGGGCCUUUGAGUCUAGGCACCUCCUGGAACAGGAGUUCGAUAAACUCAUAAUAGUCUAUCCAUUUUAACAGGCCAUGCGCUUAGUAGAUUAUGUGCAGUGGGGAUUGCGUCAAUCCGCCGAAGUGGAGAACAUUAUGACUGCAGUGGAGCGAGUGGUGGAGUAUGAGGAAAUUGAGCCGGAGGGUGACCUUGAGGCACCGGAUGAAAAGAAGCCUCCAAAGUCUUGGCCAGAGGAAGGAAACAUUGUCUUUGACGAGCUAAGUCUGCGCUACGUGCCGGACCCCAAGGCGGACAAUGUCCUUAAGGCCCUCAGCUUUGAGAUCAAACCUCAGGAGAAGGUGGGCAUCGUGGGUCGCACCGGGGCAGGAAAGUCAUCACUAAUCAACGCCUUGUUCCGCUUGUCUUACAACGACGGAAUCAUCCUCAUCGACAAGAGAGACACCGACGGAAUGGGCCUGCAUGAUCUGCGUAGGAAGAUCUCCAUAAUACCGCAAGAGCCGGUUCUCUUCUCUGGUAGUAUUCGAUACAAUUUGGAUCCCUUUGAGGAGUACAGCGAUGAGAAACUGUGGCGAUCCCUAGAGGAGGUAAACCUUAAGGAAUUAGUUGCAGAACUGCCAUGCGGGCUGCAGAGCAAGAUCACGGAGGGCGGCACCAAUUUCAGUGUGGGUCAGCGUCAGUUGGUCUGCCUGGCCAGGGCCAUUCUUCGGGAAAACCGUAUUCUGGUAAUGGACGAGGCUACCGCCAAUGUAGAUCCCCAUACGGAUGGCCUCAUACAGGCCACCAUUCGGAACAAGUUUAAGAAGUGCACAGUGCUCACGAUAGCCCAUCGCCUGCACACUAUCAUGGACUCUGACAAGGUGCUGGUCAUGGACGCAGGUCGGGUGCUGGAGUUCGGCACUCCCUACGAGCUGCUGACGGCGGCAGACUCCAAGGUGUUCCAUGACAUGGUGAAGCAGACGGGGCAGGCUACCUACGACGCGCUCCUCCACAUUGCACAAAAGUCCUUCGAAAGCGGAAAAAAUCUGACGGAAGCAUCGCCUCUUCAGUUAAAAAUUUAAAACUUUUGAUAAAACGUUUAAAAAUGUUGGGUUAUCUUUAUAAUUGUGGAUCAAUUUGGACGUUUUUUCCCAAAUUUGCUACACGUGCGAGUAAAAAUAUAAUAAUAACACUGAUUAUACUCAUAAAACUCAUAAAAAAUAUACUGCCUAGCCAAAUUCGUCUGAGGUUGGUCGUUCUCUUACCUGGCUGCUACAUGUUGAUAUGAGCAGA